AUGAGUAAAAAAGAAUUUCCCAGCAACAGACUUAACCAUGAUAACUUGUUACUCUCCUAUCUAUCUAACUAUCUAUCUAUCGGCUUCUUAAUACCAAAUAUUGUGACUUGUUUUACUCAGGCGUCUAUGUGCUGUGAAGCAGAAAAGAUGACCGUUAUUGUAUUUUUUUGGUUUUUUUCUUCGGAUUUUUUUUUAUUUGUUUUCUCUAUCGUAAUCUUAUCAAUCUUUCUUUCUUACGGUCUCUCUGCUUUUUCUUUCUUUUUUUUAACCAUUUUUUUUAUUCAUCUUUCAUUCGUUUCCCCUCACCAUAUUUCUCCUUUUAUCACUGAUCAAUUUUUUAAUUUAUUUUCUUACUUCUCAUCUAUCUAUCUAUCUAUCUAUCUAUCUAUCUAUCUAUCUAUCUAUCAGUCUACUCGUUACCUAUCUAUCUAUCUAUCUAUCUAUCUAUAUAUGUAUCUAAAUUUCUAUGUAUCUAUAUAUCUAUCUAUCUAUCAGACAGCUCGUUAUCUAUCUUUUUAUAUACAUAGCCUUUCAAACUGUCUUUAG